CGCGGUUGAGGGGGUGGGUGUGGAGAAGCCCCUCCGUGGGCAAUCUCGUGUUGCGUGGUCGGUUUGGUGUGGUGCGCGGAGGAGGCCGAGGCUAGACGGCGUGGAGGUACUUGUCUUCACAGUGCUCUCACAUCUGAAAUAUGGCUACGGAUUGGCUUGGCAGUAUUGUGUCCAUCAACUGUGGAGAUAGCUUGGGUGUCUAUCAGGGAAGAGUGUCAGCAGUAGAUCAGGUCAGCCAGACCAUUUCUCUCACCCGGCCUUUCCAUAAUGGAGUGAAGUGUCUUGUGCCAGAAGUCACAUUCAGGGCAGGUGACAUUACAGAAUUAAAAAUUUUGGAGAUACCAGGUCCUGGAGACAACCAACAUUUUGGAGACCUUCAUCAGACAGAAUCAGGCCCUUCUGGCAUUGGAUACCAAAUGGGUAUCAAUCAGAAUGGUACAGGCAAGUUGGUCAAGAAGCCAGCCUCUUCCAGCAGUGCCCCUCAGAGCAUUCCUAAGAGGACAGAUGUGAAAGGCCAAGAUGUUGCCAUUUCCCCGCAGCAGCAACAGUGCUCAAAGAGCUACGUGGACAGGCACAUGGAAUCCUUGAGUCAGUCCAAAGGUUUCCGCCGUCGACACAACUCCUGGUCAUCUAGUAGCAGGCACCCAAAUCAGGCAACUCCAAAGAAAAGCGGUUUAAAGAAUGGUCAAAUGAAGAAUAAAGAUGAUGAGUGCUUCGGGGAUGAUAUUGAGGAGAUCCCAGACACAGAUUUUGAUUUUGAAGGGAACCUGGCCCUUUUUGACAAGGCAGCUGUAUUUGAAGAGAUUGAUACCUAUGAGAGGAGAAGUGGUACCCGUUCCCGAGGCAUCCCAAAUGAAAGGCCUACUCGAUACCGCCAUGAUGAGAAUAUUCUGGAGUCAGAGCCCAUUGUCUAUCGACGGAUCACAGUGCCCCACAAUGUGAGCAAGGAGUUCUGCACAGACUCUGGCUUGGUUGUCCCAAGUGUUUCCUAUGAGCUGCAUAAAAAACUGCUGUCCGUGGCUGAGAAGCAUGGGCUGACCCUGGAGCGGAGACUGGAAAUGACAGGCGUGUGUGCCAGUCAGAUGGCACUGACCCUCCUUGGAGGACCCAACAGGUUGAAUCCAAAAAAUGUUCACCAGAGGCCUACAGUGGCCCUACUAUGUGGGCCCCAUGUGAAGGGGGCUCAAGGCAUCAGCUGUGGAAGGCACCUAGCCAACCAUGAUGUCCAGGUCAUCCUCUUCCUGCCCAACUUUGUCAAGAUGCUAGAGUCCAUCACCAAUGAGCUGUCACUCUUCAGCAAGACCCAAGGCCAACAAGUGUCUAGCCUCAAAGAUCUGCCCACUAGCCCUGUGGACCUGGUCAUCAACUGCCUGGAUUGCCCUGAGAAUGCCUUCCUACGGGAUCAGCCCUGGUACAAGGCAGCUGUGGCCUGGGCCAAUCAGAACCGAGCUCCAGUACUCAGCAUAGACCCUCCUGUGCAUGAAGUUGAACAGGGCAUUGAUGCCAAAUGGUCACUGGCACUAGGCCUGCCUCUGCCACUGGGAGAGCACGCAGGCCGCAUCUAUUUGUGUGACAUCGGCAUUCCCCAGCAAGUCUUCCAGGAAGUGGGCAUCAACUACCACUCACCCUUUGGCUGCAAAUUUGUUAUCCCACUGCAUUCUGCCUAGGGGGCCCUGGUCAGGCUGGAUCCUGCAAAUCCCUGCUGCUCCUGACACUGAACCUGAUGAUGAACGCCUUAAGGAUGUGAAGUUUCAUGGACCUUGUUGUUAAAGUUUUCCUCUUUUGGG